CUGUCAUCUUUAAUCAGACUGUGUGCUUAAUUUUAAAAGUGUUUGUGUGACAAGCUUCCUCCUCUGUAAAUCUAGUCUUAUGAAUAGUGUAAAUUUUCUGCCUAGAAGAUUAAAGAAGUGAUUCUCUAUGUGAUUAUGGGAGUAAGGUUCAGACAUCCUUGGGUGGUUUCAAGUUUCCUACUGAGUAAUCCGGACAAGGGGAAAGUACUAAAGAUACUGCAUAGGGAAGUAUGAGAUAAACUCUCUCUUUAUGACUUCAGAAGGCUGGUUACUUAUUUGCUGCUGGGAUAAGAUAAAUGGUCAAAUAAUUGGAGAAGUUCUACAAACCGCUUGUCAAGUUAAGUUUUAUUCUGCCGCCAACUCUUGCUCCCAUGCCUGUCUGAACCUCUGGUUACCUUACAUUUCCAAUACCUGGAGGAGAACAAGCUGCAGCAUCAUCUAGGCAGGUCCCUCCUGAGUCCGACUCACCCACAAACUAUUUCACCCCUUGAGCGACUAUGGCAUUGGCUGGUUACUCACACCAGGGAUUCCUCGGGAUUGGUUGGAACUGCAAAUAAAACACUGUUUGCCCAUAAUCAAGCUGAUAAGCUACAGCGUAAAUACACACAAGUUCCUCUUCUCUGCAUACAAUGGGAAGCAUUUGCUCUCUGCUCUCCUCCUAGCAUUUUCAUGCAAGACCCGGAGAAGAAACAUUGUCUCCAGCCGAAAGGGGAUUCAUGAAAAGCUUGAAAUGGGUCUGUCGAGUUCUAAAAACCCUAAAGUCAAGCAAGCCCAAAUUCUUCUUCUGGGCCUGGACUCUGCUGGGAAGUCCACCGUCCUUUAUAAACUGAAGCUUGCUAAGGACAUUGUGACCAUGCCAACCGUGGGCUUCAACGUGGAGAUGCUGGAGCUGGGGAAGAGCCUGUCCUUCACGGUCUGGGAUGUUGGCGGCCAGGAGAAGAUGAGGACCGUGUGGGGCUGCUACUGCGAGCGCGCCGACGGGCUGGUGUACGUGGUGGACAGCACCGACAAGCAGCGGCUGGAAGCCUCCAGGAGGGAGUUCGAGCACAUUCUGAAGAACGAACACAUGAAAAAUGUGCCGGUUGUUCUGUUAGCCAAUAAACAAGAUAAGCCGGGAGCUCUGACCGCGGAGGAUAUCACCAGGCUGUUCAAGGUGAAGAAGCUCUGCAGUGACCGGAACUGGUAUGUGCAGCCCUGCUGUGCCACCACCGGGGAUGGGCUGGCCGAGGGCUUCAGGAAAUUAACCGAAUUCGUGAAGAGCUACAUGAAAUCGCGAGCAGACACGUUCGCAUUCUUCAAGCAGAACUGAGGUCCAAGCAGGGGAAGACGAAAUUGAAAGGAGAGAGAGGAAGGGAGAGAAACAUCAAUGUGAGA